AUGCCUAAAAAUAAAUUCGGUAUCAAGUCAACAAAUUCCAAGAUUCUAAAAUCCAUCAAGAAAAAAGGUGGUAUGUUCAAGAAGAAGAAACUCAAGGAUGAUUCUUCCAAAAAUUCUUCAUCUUCCUCCACCUAUGAACUAUACGAGUCAUCUGAAUUUGAAAUACCGGAGUAUACGCAGUGGUUUGACAUAAACUCAGUCAACUUCAUAGAAGAAGAAUGCACCCAAAACAUUUUUAUAGGCUACGGCAAUGAUAAAGAUGCCAUUUGCGAACAUUACAAAAAAAUCAGAAAUAAAAUCAUUAACCUAUACAGAAAGGAACCAGAUAAAUAUUUGUCGGUAACAGAAUGUGUCCGGAAACUAGGUAAUGAAUGUAAUAGUAAACGAAAUAUAGGAGGAGACGCAUCAAUAGUGAUGAAAAUCCACUCAUUCCUGAACUAUUGGGGAAUCAUUAACUUUCAAGCUAGAAAUGAGUCAGGAGAAAGGAUUUAUGGAAAUAAAAUGAAUAUAAAAGCUGAUCAGUCAAGCACGUUUAGCACGCCAAGCAAAAACUUUAGCGACGUUUUUAAAACUGGAGAACAAUACUUUUCAGAUUCUAGCGACUCUAACUCUGAACAAUUUGACCCAGAUUCACCAGAAGAUGUGGUCAGGUACUCAGCGGAGUUAAACUCAGGGCAAAAUGUCGAUUCAAAAUCUAACUACCCAAAAUGUUGUGGAUGCAAUAAUAUAUGCAGGAAUUCAUACUAUAUUCUGGGACCGGAAUUUCUAGGAGGUUUAAAUAAAUUUACAGAAAUGAGUCCUUCAGUGAGGAGGAGAGGAAUUUGGUGUACCCAAUGCUACUGUAACUCUAACUACCCAAUGACCCUAACUAAGGAAAGCUUUGUUAGGAUCGACCUCCCACAAAGGUUGUCAGAAAGCCUUUCCAAAGUGGAUAUAAACAGCAAAGAUCAAAAACCAUGGUCUGAAAAACAAUUUGAGAAGCUAUAUGAAGCUAUAAGGAAGUACGGUACUGAUUGGCAAAGUGUAGCUCAACAUAUCGGAGGGGAUAUCACACCCAAUGAGUGUAUAUUACAGUUUGUUAACGCACCACUAGAGCAUGAUGUUACAUCAAAGCUGAAACUUACAACUUAUAUGGAACCUCCAUAUUAUGAGGACAUAAACCCUUCAUUUCCAUUCUUUGAUAGCCCAAACCCAAUAGUAACCCUGCUCUCAUUUUGCGCAAGUGUUAUAAGCCCUGUGGUGGCUUCCUCUGCCGCAAAGGCAGCAUUCGACGUCAUCUUCGAGGCCUGCAAAAAUAACACCAUGUCCCCGAAGCCUGCUCCAAAGAAGGAUUUGGUGAACGAAAGUGAAAUGUUGGAACUGGAACAAAACUUCAAAGAAAUGAAAAGGAACUCUUUUGAUCAUUCAUUAAAUUCUGAAGAUAAGCCAGAAGGAGAGAAUGAACCAUCGACAGAUAAUUCUUCUCAAAAUCCGGAUACUCCUCAACAGAUGAAUAAACUGGUAGAUACAAGUACACUGCAAUUGGCUGCUAAGGCAGCUCUGGAUGCUGCGGCUGCAAGGUCAGGAGAACUCGCUUCAUUGGAGGAUGGCAAGCUAACACAAGUUUUACCAAACCUCAUAUCACUUAAAAUAAAAAGGAUCAGUGAGAAGCUAAAGAAAUUCAAUGAAACCCAAGAACAAAUGAUCAAGGACCAGCAACACCUGGUUUGUGAGAGGGAACUACACAAAAUUCUCAAAUACAAAGGAUUCUUACAGGAGAAUCCAUAA